GGCAAAGGGAGCGAUGCGCCUCGCCUGGACCGCGCUUCUUCUCGGUCCGCUGCAGCUCUGCGCGCUCCUACGCUGCGCCUCUCCCGCUGCGGGCCAGCAACAACCCCCGCGUGAGCCGCCGGCAGCUCCGGGAGCCUGGCGGCAGAGGAUUCAAUGGGAAAACAACGGGCAGGUGUUCAGCCUGCUGAGCCUGGGCUCGCAGUACCAACCUCAGCGGCGCCGGGACCCGGACGCCGCCGCCCCGCAGCCGCGCACGCCAGUCUUGCUGCUCCGGAACAACCGAACUGCGGCAGCGCGGGCAGGCGGCUCGUCUGGAACCGCCGCCGACCGCCCCAGGCCCGCCGCACGUCACUGGUUCCAAGCUGGCUACACGCCCUCCGGACCCCGCGGCGCUGGGAGUUCGCGUCCCAGCAACAGGACUGCUCCAGGAGAGCGCCCAGCACUCGGUAACCUGCCGCCUAGCCGGGUGGACGGCAUGGUAGGGGAUGACCCAUACAACCCUUACAAGUACGACGACAACCCCUAUUACAACUACUACGACACGUAUGAGAGGCCACGGCCUGGGGGCAGGUACCGGCCUGGAUACGGCACCGGCUACUUCCAAUACGGUCUCCCGGACCUGGUGCCUGACCCCUACUACAUCCAGGCGUCCACGUACGUGCAGAAGAUGGCCAUGUACAAUCUACGAUGCGCCGCCGAGGAAAACUGCUUGGCCAGUUCAGCUUAUAGGGGAGAUGUCAGAGAUUAUGAUCACAGGGUGCUGCUAAGAUUUCCCCAAAGAGUGAAAAACCAAGGAACAUCAGAUUUCUUACCAAGCCGACCAAGAUAUUCCUGGGAGUGGCAUAGCUGUCACCAACAUUACCACAGCAUGGAUGAAUUCAGCCACUAUGACCUGCUCGAUGCCAACACCCAGGCGAGAGUGGCUGAAGGCCAUAAAGCAAGCUUCUGUCUAGAGGACACAUCCUGUGACUAUGGCUACCACAGGCGAUUUGCCUGUACCGCACACACACAGGGAUUGAGUCCUGGCUGUUAUGAUACCUAUAAUGCAGACAUAGACUGCCAGUGGAUUGAUAUUACAGAUGUAAAACCAGGAAACUACAUUCUAAAGGUCAGUGUGAACCCCAGCUACCUGGUGCCUGAGUCGGACUAUACCAACAAUGUUGUACGCUGUGAUAUACGCUACACAGGACAUCAUGCAUAUGCCUCGGGCUGCACAAUUUCACCGUAUUAGAAAGCAAGCCAAAGCUCCCAAUGGAUGAAUCAGUGCCUGGUGUUCUGAA